ACGACAGCGACGACGACGGCGUUUGCGUUAUUGUUGUCACGGUACGCGCACGUCAGGGACGCUUAAUGUGCGCGGGUCAAGCGCGCGGGACGCUCGUAGCGACCGCAAAUGCUCGCGGUAGACGCCGUGGCAUCGAGGCCACGAUCGCGGUCGCGUCGAGAAAAUGUCAAAUGUCGGCUCGCCGUCCGAGCGACUCGUGAACGGUGAGAGGAGCAUCGACGCUGCUGCUGCUGCUCCGGCUGCGGCUGCUGCUGCUGCGGUCGCCGCCGCCGCCGCCGCCGGCGCUGUCAGCGGCAACAGCGGCGGAGGAAGACGCGGCGAAGGAGGAGGCGGCGGCAACUGCGUGGGCGGCGGGAGUGUCUUUGUUUCCCGUGGUGGUGUCGGUUUUUGCAUUAGUGUUAGUGAUAGAAAGAAGAAGAAUAAUAAUAACAAUAUCGACAUCCCUGAGAACAGAAGCGUGCUCGCUGUCACGACCACUGUUACCGACGGGGCUGUCAUCGGUGGCGCCGCGGACGGUCCUCGCGACGUGACGUUGUCCGACGCCCGCGACACGACGCCAGUGAAUUCCUGCCGCGAAACGACAGUGUCGCGCACCUGCGGCGGUGGUUGUCGUUGUUGUAUCUACGCUGUCGACGCGUUCUCCUCCUCGGUGACAGGUGCGACGACGCACGCGCCCGACGACGUUGUCGCGGCGACGGCGACGGCGACGGCAACGACGACGACAAUCCGCCGUGACAUCACGCUGAGCAGUGCCGGGACAACGACAGCAGCAACGACGACGACAACGACGACGCCGUUGCUCCUGCUUGAUGCCGGUAGCACCGACGCUCAAACGAUCGGCAGAAGCAGAAGCGGCAACAACAGCAACUCCACCACCGUCCUCAUUGUUGAUGUCGCGCCGUCGUUCCACGACGCCGACGACGACGACGACGACGACGAUAACGACAACGACAACGAGGACGACGAAGACGACGAGAACGACGAAAACGACGAAAACUACCGUCGCUACUACAAUCGCGGCAACAUGGUCGCGGCGAUGAACGAGCACCCGUCUAGCGCAACGACGACGACAACGUCGUCAUCGCCGGCAGUAGCGAACGCCAUCCGCGCCAGCAACAAUACCGUCGCGAUGUCAUCCUCGUCCUCCUCCUCCUCCUCCUCUUCCUCCUCGUCCUCCUCCUCGGUAUCAUCGGUUAUGAUGACAACUACCACAAAUGCCGGCGGCAACAAUCCUUCCGCAAUGAUGACGAUGGGCAACAUCGGAAGCGGAACCAACGGCAACAACAAUAACAACAGCAGCGGUGGAUGUACCAGCGCGCGCAAUCAAGAAUUCCAGGAGAUGGACGGUGACAAUGACAAAAACACCGCCAGCACGACCACCGCCAUCGCCAGCCAUACCGCAGCCGCUGGUAUUCUCAGUUUCCCAUGCGACUUUGAUCAUAUGUACGCCAGCAUGACCGACGGCGCUGCGCCGGCCGCCGCGACUGUCGCUCUCGGCGUUAGCCCGCUGCGCGGCAAUGAACCCCGACACAAUGAUUUCACCGAGGUCAAACACCUGAAGGAGCUGCUGCUGCUGCAUCUCGAUCUUAUUCAGCAGCAGUCCGAGCAGAUCGUCACCAAGGACAAGCUUCUCGCUGCGCUGCGUCAGGAAAACGAGACGCUGAAGUUGCGUCUGGAACGUAUGGAAAGGCGAGUGAAUCUUCAGAAGUUAAGAUCCGAAUGUAGCGAAAAUUCCACGGGCUCGGAACACUUGGGCGCCUGCUCGCCUACCAGUAUCAAUUCGAUAAAUAUACCUUCGACCAGUGAGUUACAUAGGAAUGUUCAAUGCGAGAGUGGCAACACUUUGCACGAGAGUUUUAAGAUACGUCUAAACACUAGCGGCGGUAUCACUACGGUGAAACAGGAGCCGCUCGAUAAUCAAAUUAAAGUGGAAUUGAAGCAAGAGGAGGCAAGAUUUGAAUGGGAAGAAAAGAAGAAGAGGCGAUCGGAUCCAACUCCCUUGUCGACGGGUAGUAAAAAGAAAAGAGGCCUCUCGUGUUCAUCUACUGUCAGUAACGAUGGUGUACAGGAAAAGAUUUUGGGUCAAACUUUACAUGAAAGCAGCAGAAAGAGCGAUAGGAAGGUGAAAUCUCUUGUGAAAAAAGAAUCUUUUCUCACGACUGAAGAACAUUAUUAUACAGCGGUAGGAGAUUCAAAUUAUACCCUAAGUCUGAAACAGUCCAGUCCAAUAGAAACGAAUCAUUCGUUAGAAGUUCCAAAUUGGAGAGUGAAAGUGUACACGAGUUGUUAUACAAUGGAGGGAACUGAAAAUUUGGAUGAUGAAAUUUUUAAUAAAAGACACUUGAAAUUAGAGAAUGAUGAAAGGAGGCGAAAGCGAUGGGAUGUACAAAGGAUAAGGGAACAAAGACAUAUAGAAAAAUUAAAGCAGCGGCAGGAACGGCAAAAUCAUCAAGCAACUUGUUACAAUACUAAUCAUACUGGUCCUUGUCCCUCAUCUCUGGAGGAAGAAACCAUAACAUCCUUGUGGCCUGACAUAGAACAAAUUCAAAGUCUUCAAGUAGAUUCUCAUUUGCCAGUAACUGCAUUUGGCGCUCCUAUUCCUAGUUUUACUCCAAGUGAAUUCUCUUUACCCUGGUCGAGUAUAACGCGAAUAAAGUGUCGACGUCCUAAACGUUCAACAGGUAGAAGAAAAUCUACAGGUAGAAGAAAAGUUUAGGGGAUAUAAAUUUUUAUAAAGAUGGACAAACCUGAUUUUAUUGGUAUCGCCAGUUUUAAACAUUUGAAAAUACUAUUGCUCCCUCUCAUGCCAUAAUUGAAACAGCGCUUUUUCAUUUUGAAGCAGGGGCACCAAAGAUAUUUUUAUUAACUUUUUGAAUAUAUGCAAUAUAGUUUAUCUAUUUUUUCUACAUUUUUGUUAUUUAAGUAAAAUUCAUCGUCAAUAUAUAUUUGAUACAACUAUUCUACAUUUCGUAGUCGGUGUUGGUCAUUUUAUUUAUAUAACUGAGUAUGUACACACAUGACACCACUGGCAUAUUAAACAUUUUUCAACUCCAGAUCAAACUUCUGUUCCAUUUUCAGUGAGUUGACAAUAUUGAUAUUUGCAAAACUUUUCGAUUGCUCUAACUAUAUGGAGUCCUUUAUAUUAUUUUUGUAAUUAAAUACGUUCUUUCCUAGUAUAAAAAAAAAUCGUUAACGAAACUACAUGUAUUAAUGAUAUAUACUUCAUAAAAAUAUGUUAUAAAACAAUGUUACGUAACGAAAGAAUAUAAUGAAUUUUUAAAUCUUGUGUAGCUUUUUUUUAGUACUUUAUCAAUUCUAUGUAAUAGUUUCAACAAUAGUUUUAAUAUCAAAAGGUAAAAAUUCUUGAAAAGUUAAUCAUUGUGCAAACACAUUUUGUUUGGUUAAUUCUAAAAUUUACAGUACAAAUGUAUUUAUUGUAUAGAAUUUCACAGAAAAUACGCGCUUCCUCUCAAUAACAGAUUUUUUAACGUAAUUAAAAUUUGCUUCGCGAAAAUUUGAUGGCCUAAUGAAAUAACUUUCGUGGAUCUCUUUACUAAGAAAAUCAAUCAUGUCGGAGAAAUCUGUAAAACUAAACUAAAACGCUUUUUUUUAUAUGAUUUGAAUGUUAUAAAUCUAUCGAAUUACAAAUAAGAUUAUUAUGAACGGCAGUACAGCGCUAUUUCCCUGCUCCCAGAUACACUAAAUGCUAAAAGCUAAAAUCUGAAAAAAAUAAGCGGAUAACUUCGGACAUUGUAAACGAUUGUAAAAUCACUGAUGUCGUGACUAAUAACUCAAUUUCAUCGAUCCGAAGUACAAGACUCGUCGAGUAUUUUCUAGCACAAUCAGAUUAGUUUAAAAUUUAGAUAUACUAACUUGGUACGUAUCAUAUAUUGGACAAUUAAAAUUGUAUAUAUAUUAAUUUUUUACAAAUUUUUUGUUCGUGAUUUUCAAAUAUUGGUAUUGUCGUACACCUAUCAUUAAUUAUUUUACAGAUCUGUCACAAUCCAAAACUGUCUAAUUUUGAUAUUGUAUUCUAUCUGAGAUGAUUUGUGAUAAUUUUGUUCAAUUUUAUUCACAUUGUAGAAAAAUUGUAGUUCUUAUAAUUGUAUCUAUAAGAAAUUGACAUGAAUGAUAUUUCGAGCA